AGUCGCUCCCAGUCCGCUGCGAGGAAAGCACACCCGCAGUGUCUCUUCGCCGGGACCCCCGCCGAGCCGCCCUCGCCGCCGCCGAGCCCCGAGAGCAGCUGGGCUCCGCUUAGGCGGAAUCUGCGAGCGCCGCGCCCGGGCACUGCCGGCCCGAGGAGGCACCGCCCGCAAGGACACCACUCCGUCCCGUCUCGUCCGCAACUCCGGCCCUCGUCGAGCUCGACGCGAGCCAGGAUCCCGGACGUCUCUCCGCGUGCGGCGCAGCAGCAGCCAGACCAGUCCCUGCGACUCCACCUCGGAGGCAACUCCAUUUCGGACCUGGGACUUCUGACGCGGAUCCUCAGCUACUUCUCACCUCGGGGCUGUGCCCUCCUCCUCCGCUCAGGACGGGGGUGCCAAGAUGCCCCGCUGCAGCGCAGGGCCCCGGGCCGCCCCCGACGUGUGACCCUAGCCUGGUCCCCCUGCUCGGCCGUCCGCCCUCCCCUUGGAGACCCCCGGCCCGGCUUCCGGGGGAGGAGGAAGGAGACGACGAGGCCGAGGGGGGGAUGUCCGGCUCCAAAAGCGUGAGCCCCCCGGGCUACGCGGCGCAGAAGACUGCGGCGCCGGCGCCCCGGGGAGGCCCCGAACACCGCUCGGCGUGGGGCGAGGCCGAUUCCCGCGCGAAUGGCUACCCCCAUGCCCCCGGGGGUUCUGCCCGCGGCUCCACCAAGAAACCCGGGGGGGCGGUGACCCCGCAGCAGCAGCAGCGCCUGGCCAGCCGCUGGCGCAGCGACGACGACGAUCCUCCGCUGAGCGGUGAUGACCCCCUGGCCGGGGGCUUCGGUUUCAGCUUCCGCUCCAAGUCCGCCUGGCAGGAGCGCGGCGGCGACGACUGCGGUCGCGGCAGCCGCCGGCAGCGGCGGGGCGCGGCCAGCGGGGGCAGCACCCGGGCGCCCCCUGCGGGCGGCGGCGGCGGCUCGGCGGCGGCGGCUGCCUCGGCGGGCGGGACGGAGGUGCGCCCUCGCUCGGUGGAGGUGGGUCUGGAGGAGCGGCGGGGCAAGGGGCGCGCGGCCGACGAGGUGGAGGCCGGCGCCGUCGAGGGCGGCGAGGGGUCCGGGGAUGGCGGCAGCUCGGCGGACUCGGGCUCGGGCGCGGGGCCCGGCGCGGUGCUGUCCCUGGGCGCCUGCUGCCUGGCGUUGCUGCAGAUAUUCCGCUCCAAGAAGUUCCCGUCGGACAAACUGGAGCGGCUGUACCAGCGCUACUUCUUCCGCCUGAACCAGAGCAGCCUCACCAUGCUCAUGGCCGUGCUGGUGCUCGUGUGCCUGGUCAUGUUGGCCUUCCACGCGGCGCGGCCCCCGCUCCAGCUGCCCUACCUGGCCGUGCUGGCGGCCGCCGUCGGCGUGAUCCUCAUCAUGGCUGUGCUUUGCAACCGCGCCGCCUUCCACCAGGACCACAUGGGCCUGGCCUGCUAUGCGCUCAUCGCCGUGGUGCUGGCCGUCCAGGUGGUGGGCCUGCUGCUGCCGCAGCCACGCAGCGCCUCUGAGGGCAUCUGGUGGACCGUGUUCUUCAUCUACACCAUCUACACGCUGCUGCCCGUGCGCAUGCGAGCCGCAGUGCUCAGCGGGGUGCUCCUGUCCGCCCUCCACCUGGCCAUCGCCCUGCGCACCAACGCCCAGGACCAGUUCCUGCUGAAGCAGCUUGUCUCCAAUGUUCUCAUUUUCUCCUGCACCAACAUCGUGGGUGUCUGCACCCACUAUCCGGCUGAGGUCUCCCAGAGACAGGCUUUCCAGGAGACCCGAGAGUGCAUCCAGGCGCGGCUCCACUCGCAGCGGGAGAACCAGCAGCAGGAACGGCUCCUGCUGUCUGUCCUUCCCCGUCAUGUUGCCAUGGAGAUGAAAGCAGACAUCAACGCCAAGCAGGAGGAUAUGAUGUUCCAUAAGAUUUACAUCCAGAAACAUGACAACGUGAGCAUCCUGUUUGCUGACAUCGAGGGCUUCACCAGCCUGGCGUCCCAGUGCACUGCACAGGAACUGGUCAUGACCCUCAACGAGCUCUUCGCCCGCUUUGACAAGCUGGCCGCAGAGAAUCACUGUUUACGUAUUAAGAUCCUCGGGGAUUGUUAUUACUGCGUCUCGGGGCUGCCUGAAGCGAGGGCUGACCACGCCCACUGCUGUGUGGAGAUGGGCAUGGACAUGAUCGAGGCCAUCUCGUUGGUCCGGGAGGUGACAGGGGUGAACGUGAACAUGCGUGUGGGAAUUCACAGCGGGCGAGUACACUGCGGUGUCCUUGGUCUCAGGAAGUGGCAGUUCGACGUCUGGUCUAACGAUGUCACGCUAGCCAACCACAUGGAGGCUGGCGGCAAGGCGGGACGCAUCCACAUCACCAAGGCUACACUCAACUACCUGAAUGGGGACUACGAGGUGGAGCCAGGCUGUGGGGGCGAGCGCAACGCCUACCUCAAGGAGCACAGUAUCGAGACCUUCCUCAUCCUGCGCUGCACCCAGAAGCGGAAAGAAGAGAAGGCCAUGAUCGCCAAGAUGAACCGCCAGAGAACCAACUCCAUCGGGCACAACCCACCACACUGGGGGGCUGAGCGCCCCUUCUACAACCACCUGGGUGGCAACCAGGUGUCCAAGGAGAUGAAGCGGAUGGGCUUUGAAGACCCCAAGGACAAGAACGCCCAGGAGAGUGCGAACCCUGAGGAUGAAGUGGAUGAGUUUCUGGGCCGUGCCAUUGACGCCAGGAGCAUCGAUAGGCUUCGGUCUGAGCACGUCCGCAAGUUCCUCCUGACCUUCAGGGAGCCUGACUUAGAGAAGAAGUACUCCAAGCAGGUAGACGACCGAUUUGGUGCCUAUGUGGCGUGUGCCUCGCUCGUCUUCCUCUUCAUCUGCUUUGUCCAGAUCACCAUCGUGCCCCACUCCGUAUUCAUGCUCAGCUUCUACCUGACCUGUUCCCUGCUGCUGACCUUGGUGGUGUUUGUGUCUGUGAUCUACUCCUGCGUAAAGCUCUUCCCCUCCCCACUGCAGACCCUCUCCAGGAAGAUCGUGCGGUCCAAGAUGAACAGCACCCUGGUUGGGGUGUUCACCAUCACCCUGGUGUUCCUGGCGGCUUUUGUCAACAUGUUCACGUGCAACUCCAGGGACCUGCUGGGCUGCUUGGCACAGGAGCACAACAUCAGCACGAGCCAGGUCAACGCGUGUCACGUGGCGGAGUCGGCCGUCAACUACAGCCUGGGCGAUGAGCAGGGCUUCUGUGGCAGCCCCUGGCCCAACUGCAACUUCCCCGAGUACUUCACCUACAGCGUGCUGCUCAGCCUGCUGGCCUGCUCCGUGUUCCUGCAGAUCAGCUGCAUCGGGAAGCUGGUGCUCAUGCUGGCCAUCGAGCUCAUCUACGUGCUCAUCGUGGAGGUGCCAGGUGUCACGCUCUUCGACAACGCCGACCUGCUGGUCACCGCCAACGCCAUAGACUUCUUCAACAACGGGACCUCCCAGUGCCCUGAGCACGCAACCAAGGUGGCAUUGAAGGUGGUGACGCCCAUCAUCAUCUCAGUCUUUGUGCUGGCCCUGUACCUGCACGCCCAGCAGGUGGAGUCCACUGCCCGCCUCGACUUCCUCUGGAAACUGCAGGCCACAGAGGAGAAAGAGGAGAUGGAGGAGCUGCAGGCCUACAACCGGCGGCUGCUGCACAACAUCCUGCCCAAGGACGUGGCCGCUCACUUCCUGGCCCGCGAGCGGCGCAAUGAUGAGCUCUACUAUCAGUCCUGUGAGUGUGUGGCGGUCAUGUUCGCCUCCAUCGCCAACUUCUCCGAGUUCUACGUUGAGCUGGAGGCCAACAACGAGGGUGUCGAGUGCCUGCGGCUACUCAAUGAGAUCAUCGCUGACUUUGAUGAGAUCAUCAGCGAGGAUCGGUUCCGGCAGCUGGAGAAGAUCAAGACCAUCGGCAGCACCUACAUGGCUGCCUCCGGCCUCAACGACUCUACCUACGACAAGGUGGGCAAGACCCACAUCAAGGCACUGGCCGACUUUGCCAUGAAGCUGAUGGACCAGAUGAAGUACAUCAAUGAGCACUCCUUCAACAACUUCCAGAUGAAGAUCGGGCUCAACAUCGGCCCCGUGGUGGCCGGGGUGAUAGGGGCACGAAAGCCUCAGUACGACAUCUGGGGCAAUACCGUGAACGUGGCCAGCCGCAUGGACAGCACUGGUGUACCCGACCGCAUCCAGGUCACCACAGACAUGUACCAGGUGCUGGCUGCCAACACGUACCAGCUGGAGUGCCGGGGCGUGGUCAAGGUCAAGGGCAAAGGCGAGAUGAUGACCUACUUCCUCAAUGGAGGGCCCCCGCUCAGUUAGCAGCUGUUGGCCAAUGGUGCCAGGCAGCCUGGCCUCCAGAGGCAUGGAAGCAGCUUCUAUGUGUGCCGGGGGUGGCGGGGAAGCCAUGCUCCAGCCCGCAGGGCUGCGCUGCUGAGAUUUUCCACUUGGACUCCAGAGCAGCUUCUGCCUUUGCUGGUGGGCAGCGGCCUCUGUCCCAGGCCCCGGGGUGCCAGCGUCCUGCGAGCACCCAGCUGACCAAAGAUGUUUCCCUCUGUAGAAGACUCUGCUAGACUGGGUCUGAAGCUUGAGUUUUCUAACAGGUGCUGCUGCACAGGUGGAAAGGAGCCGUGGGAAUGUGUGUGUGGCACGGCCCAGACAAGGGCAGGGCUGAGGGAGGGGCCUCCAACUCAGCUGGGGGUAGACGGGCUCGACUGUGGCCUGGGAGAGCCUAGGGGUCUGCUUUUCCAUGUGAGCCUUUAAACUUCAGACAGGCCACCACCCUGCACCUGCAGGGGCUUUGGCGCAGGAGUGCUGGCUUUGGAGGGACUGUGGCCUUCAUCGUGGUCCUCUGCCCACACCUCCACGCACAGUGCCCUAGGAGGGAAACAGAACUAAUUACGAGGGGGAGGCAAGAGGACGCCAAGCAAGGAGUGGUGAUUCUGAGAAAAAUAUUUAUUAAAUAAAACAAAACAA